GGGGAGAGAGGGGAAUGGAGCUGAGGCGGGAAUGGAGCUGAGGGGAGAGGGGGAAAUGGAUGUGAGCGGAGAGAGGGGCUGGAGCUGAGGAGGGGCUGGGGCUGAGACAGGACAAUUCUGUACUGGCACACCCAGAAUCACCUUCAUUGCACAGAGGGAUUAAACCCUGACAAAACGCAAGUGAAGGUGUUCCCACCCAGCCCUCCUCAUUCCACAGCCUCCCACACUGGGUUGGGUUGGAAGGGACCUCAGAGCCCACCCAGUGCCACCCCUACACCUCAGGAGCAGCUCUGACAUGAGGCGGGGCCAGCUGUCCCAGCACGUUAGUGACUGUUAAGGGACGAACUGGCGCUGGGGAGUUUCUGUAAUGACUGUUAAUCACGGCUGGGUAAUUAACGCCCGCGAAGGCGCCGGCGGCGGGACCCGAACCCGCAGCCUCGGCGUCCCCUCAGCCCGGCCCGCCGGGUGACGUCACGCGCCGCGUGCGUCCGUCUCGUCCAAUCAGCGGCCGCCGGCGGAUUCGAACGGCGGGGCGGCGGCGGCGGCCGUUGCGCGCGCGGCGGGGCCGGCAGGGGGCGCUGCGCUCCCCGCCUGAGGGGCCGCCAUGGCCGGGCCGGGGCCGGGGCCGGGGCCGUACCGCGCCACGAGGCUGUGGAACGAGGUGACGCGGCGCUUCCGGGCGGGCAUGCCCCUGCGGCGGCACCGGCAGCGGCUCCGCUCGCACGGCAGCUGCUUCACGGCCGCCGAGGCCGCGGACUGGCUGCACCAGCUGCUCCGCGGGCACAGCAGCUUCGGGCCCGACGUCAGCCGGCAGCAGGCCGUGCAGCUGCUGCGCAAGUUCCUCAAGAACCACGUCAUCGAGGACAUCAAGGGCCGCUGGGGCGCCGAGAACCUGGAGGACAACGGCGCCCUGUACAGAUUUCCUCCAACCUCUCCAGUCAAACCUCUACCAAGCCCACCAAGGGAGAACUUGGAGAACUUCUCUGGAGACAAAGGAAAGCUUUUCAAACUGCCCAGCUCGUCCAAAAAGGGUUUGAGAAACCAGGAGUUGCUGCAGUCUGUGGAAAACUUAGCAAGACCAAGAGCUGAUGUGACAGAAGAGAAGAAGGAAGGCACACUGCAGAGGAGGGAAAUAAGCCAGGAAUAUGUGCAAGAAACAUGGAGGAAUAUCAUCAGGAUACAUUUGCAGACCAUUUUGGGGCUGCCCUCGCUGGAGGAGGUUCUGCAGCCAGCCCAGAUCAUCCCUGAGUUUGUCAUGUACAACAUGAGCAACACCAGCAAACACGGGGUGGUGAUCCUGCAGGACAAAGCAGACCUCCCUCACUGGGUGCUGUCAGCCAUGAAGUGCUUGGCCUACUGGCCCAGGAACAAUGACAUGAGCCAAGCCACCUACAGUGGCUUUGAGCGGGACGUGUUCAGAACAGUUGCUGAUUAUUUCCUCAGUCUUCCUGAGCCAUUGCUUACUUUUGAAUACUAUGAGCUCUUUGUUAAUAUCUUAGUUUUGUGUGGCUACAUCCAAAUUCCCGAUCUGGGCAGUGGAAAACGUUCUGUCCAAGAGGAGAAAUGUGACCCUCAGCCUUCAAAACCUCCUCACUUGAACUCUUUCAAGUCCACUGAGUGUCUUCUCCUAAGCCUGCUCCUCAAAGAGUCUGACGAGAAGGAGAAAGGAGAAGCUUCCAGGAGGUUUUCCUCAGAGGAGCUGAGAGCCCAAAACCAGCACGGAAAGAAACGGCAGCAGCACAGACUGCCCCGUCAGCAAGGGAGUGCUGGGAGCCUGGUAGGAGGGAGCUGCCAGAAUCUAGCAGGAUCCAGGAAUGCCCGAGAGCCACCUGGAGCAUUUAGGACAAGGUGUUACUCCUUGGAAAGAAUUGGAGCUGCUGCUUCCAGAGUGUGUGAUAAAGGAGGACGCGCCCCCACCGUCAGCAGGAGUGGAGAGCUGCUGGAGGAGCACAGAGCGGCCUCCGUGGUGGAGCUGGGCUGGGGCAGCUCAGGCGCAGCCCAGAGCCGGGGCCUCGGGAGGGGGCCGGGCCCGUGUCCCCGGGCCGAGGAGCCGUGGGAUGGCAGCCACGGGCCCCGGGCACUGCGCCGCUCCCUGAGCCCGCUGGGCAGGAGGAGCUCCGGCAGCUGCAGCGCCAUCCACAGGCCCAGGGCUGAGAUCACAGUGCAGCCGCGGCCCCGCGGCCGGGGCACAGCCAGCCCCUCCGUGGCCAUCGGCGUGCACAGGAGACUCUGCAGGAGCAGCACAGACCUGUCAGGACGCUCUGUCCCCCCCUCCCCUUGUGUGUUGGCUGGCACAAAUCUCCUGCAGCCUCACCUGGAGAGGAUUGCAGUGGAGGCCCUGCAGAUCUGCUGUCUGCUGCUGCCCCCGCCGAGGCGCAGGAAGCUGCAGCUGCUGCUCAGGAUGAUGGCCAGGAUCAGUGGCAACGUUGACAUGCCACGGCUGCACGAUGCCAUGGGCACCAGGUCCUUGCUGAUCCAGACGUUUUCCCGCUGCGUCCUGCGCUGUGCAGAGGAGGAGGACCUGGAUGAGCUGCUUUCCACACGCCUGCUGUCCUUCCUGAUGGACCAUCAGCAGGAGAUAUUCCAAGUCCCAGCUUACCUGCAGGUUGCUGUGCACGAUCACCUCGAGUACGUGAAGAAGGCUCAGUGCAAACAGGAAAAAGAAGACAUUUGUGCCAUCUUGCCAACAUACUCCUACUGCAAACAAAUCACUCCUCAGGAGUUUGAAGAACAAAAGGUCUCCACCUCACAGGCUGCAGUGGCAGAGCUCCUGGAGAGCAUCAUCAAGGAUAAAAACCUCUCUGUGAAGGAGAAAAAGAAAAAGUUGAAACAGUUCCAGAAGGAAUACCCCCAGAUCUACGGGAGCAGGUUCCCAACGACGGAGUCGGAAGCGCAGCUCCUGGAGAACAAACCCACCCUCAAGCAGCCCAUGCUGAGCCUCAGGAAACCCAAAUUCCGCAGCCUCAGGUACUGACUUCACCACCCUGAGCCAUCUCUCCCUGCUGGAAGCCUGAGGGGUUCACCAAAGGAAUUGCUGCAGGAGUUUGGCUGCGUUGUGGAAGGAGGAAAUGUUUACAUGGACACUGUGCUGGAAGGUGCCAAAUUCCCUUUUUUUGGUGCAGAUACUUUGGAAUAACUUCUAAAAGAAAAAUAUUUAUCUGUUUACAAAUUAUUACAAUAUAUUGGAGUAGGAAAAUGUGAAAAUACACAUAAAGCUGUUGUUAACCAAAAAUUUAUAUAUAUAUUUUUAAUGGGAAACUAAUGGCGUGCCUCUUGUUGUAACCUUUAAAUGGCUGUCAGGAAUUUGUGCCAUUUAUUGUAGUUUUUACAUGUGUGUGUUGUGACUAAGUGCCUUUUCUAUUCUCAAAAUGUUUGUCUUUAAACAAAGGAGUUUCUAUGAGUUCGGGACCAGGAGAGUCAGUUCACCAUAAAUAAAUGAUUAUUCAUUCCAUAAA